AUGUCGUCCAAAAAAAUCAUCGGAGGCGCGGCCAUGGUUGCCGCGGGAUACGCACUGUACGAGUACCAGGUGCAGCGGCAGCAACGGCACCUCAACACCGGGGCGCUGACGCAGGCGCCCCACAAGGACGCGCAUCUGUUCGAGAAGAAGGGCGGCGAGGCCGGCUCCAAGCUCGACCAGGUGACCAACCAGGCGCGCGACCAGGUGGCCGGGUGGGCGCACGACGCGGACCGCAAGGUGUCGUCGACGAUGGCGGACGUGGAGCGUGCCAAGGCCAAUAGUUCGAAGUGGAUCGGCGACCAGCUGGGCGAGGCUCAGGAGGCCGUCACGGACCGCCGCGACAAGUACCUGGAGCGCUCCGGUGAGCUUAACGCGAUUGUGGAGGAGACCAACGAGCGCAAGCGCGAGGGCCAGAACCGGAUCUCGCGCCUGGUGACGGACGCGCGCGACACGAUCUCCGCGGACAUCCGCAACAUCAAGGAUGGCGUGUCCGAGGACGCGUCGAGCAUCAAGGAGGCCUUUGUGGGCGCCAAGAAGGGCACGCAGGAUACUGCGGACUCCCUGAAGCGCCAGGCCUCGGACGUGGAGUCCGACAUCAAGAACAAGGCCGGCAACGCGCGCGACACCGCGGUCGAGGCCAAGGAGUCCAUCUUCAACUGGGGCUUCAGCAAGGCUGAGAAGGCCAAGGCCGUGGCCAUCCAGGAGUACGACCAGGCCAACAAGCACUUCAACGAGCUGCGCGACAAGUACAACUCAGAGAAGGGCCUGUUCUCUAGCGGCGACCAAGAGCUUAAGAAGCAGGUCGACGAGGCCAGCAAGAAGCUCGAGGAGUACAAGAAGAAGCUCGAAGAUGCGUCUUCGCGCUACGCCAAGUACACCAACGACAACAUCAACGAGCUGUCUGACAAGCUGGAGCAGGAGGACCGCAAGCUGCGCAAGAAGGGCUUUUUUCAGUGGCUGAGAGGCGACACCUCCGGCAGUGACAAGUCUAAGGCCCACGACGUGGACGAGGUCGCUACUAAGAGUGUUGUCGGGUGGGGCGAGACCGCCGAGGCGCUGGCCCGCGAGGAACUCGACGAGCUAGUCCGCAACAAGAAGAUCGGACGCAGCGAGGCUCAGAGACGUCUCGAUGAGCUGAAGAAGAUCAAGGACGAGGGCUGGUUCACCUACAAGGGAAGAAACGACGAAGCGCUCGCCAAGAGAGCCGCCAAGGCUCUAGAGGGCUGGGGAGAGACCGCCUCGGAGCUGGCACAAGAGGAGUACGAGGAGGCCAGGAGAAAGACCUCCAACUUCAACGCUCCCAAGACUAUCUCCGACGCUGUAGACACGGCCAAGGAGAAGCUGGACGCUGCGAAGAAGAAUCUCGACGAAAACGCUUCCGGCCUGUGGUCCUCUGGUAAGGAGAAGUCCGAGGAGCUCCGUCAGAAAGCCCAGCAAGAGUACGAACAGGCCCAGAAGGAUUACAGCUCCUCUCUGCAGAGCCUCUCUGAGUGGUCCGAGAAGGCCAAGGGGAAGUUCUGGUCAGGUGCUGACACCGCCCUGGACGCUACCAAGUCCACCGCUGACACUCUGCAUGCAAAGGCAAAGGAGGGGUUGAACUCCGCCCAGGAGUACGCCAAGGAUAAGAAGGAGUGA